AUGCAGCAGCAGCAGCAGCAGCAACAGCAGCAGCAACAGCAGCAGCAGCGUCAACUGCUUCUGCUGCAGCAGCUUGCGCAGCAGCAGGGUACCUCGCUGCCGCAGCAAGAACAAGUAGGGCAGCAGCAUCCCCGCUGCAUGCACCCGCCGCUGCUGCAGCAACAGCAGCAGCAGCUGCUGCAGCAGCGUAUGCUCCAGCAGCAGAUUCUGCAGCAGCACGUCAUGAGGCAGCAGCAUCAACAGCAGCAGCAGCAGCAGCAGCAGCCAGGAGCCCACCUGCACCGUAUGCAUGCUCCACCCGUUGCGCAGCAUCCCCACCACCAGCAGCAGCAACAGCAGCAGCAGCAGCAGCUGCUGCUGCAGCAGCAGCAGCAGCUGCAGCAGCCUUGCGGCUUUCCACCAGCUGCGCUGCAGCACCGCCCUCAUGAGCCGGCAGCAGCAGCAGCCCCCUACCAGCAGCAUUAUCAUCAGCGGCAGCAGCAGCAGAGACAGCAGCAGCAAGCAGGAUGGCUGCAGCGUCACUGCUACAGUCCGCAGCAGCGGCAACAGCAGCUGCAGCAGCAGCAGCUGCAGCAGCAACGCAGAAGCCCUAGAGAUAUACAGGCUGUUGGCUUCCCUCCUCCUUCUAGCUGCAGUGACACCCCAAGGGGCGCAGCAGCAGCAGCAGCCGCUGCUGCUGCUGCUGUUAAUGCGGCAGCAGCUGCCGCUGCUAGAAACGCUGCAGCAGCAACUGCUGCUGCAGCGAAGCAGCAAGGUAGAGGACGUGCAGCAGCUGCUCCACUAAACGAAACAGAAAGAGCAGCAGCAGCAAGAGCAGCAGCAGCAGCUGCUGCUGCUGCUCUUGCUGCUGCUAAUGUGCACGCAAGGCAGGUUGCUGCAUCUAGAGAAGCUCCUGCUGCGCCUUCAGCAGCAGCAGCAGCAGCAGCGGCAACAGCAGGAGCAGCAGCGACGGAAGCAAAGCCAGCAGCAACCCAAGCAGCAGCAACUGCAGCAGCAGCAGAAACAAAACCAUUGCCCCAUGCUCCAGCAGCAACAAAAGCAGCAAAAGCAGCAGCGGCUGCUGCGACUCCAGCAGCGCCAGCAGCAGCAGCAGCGGCAACAGAUGCAGCAGGAUCGGCAGCAGCAGCGUCACCUGCUGCUGCAGCACCUGCAACACCAGCAGCAGCAGCAAACGCGGCACCAUCGGCUGCUGCUGCGGAUGCAAGAGCAGCAACUCCACAACCAGCAGCAGGAGCAGCAGCAGCAGCAGCAGCAGCAGCACCUGCCGCUGCAGCGGCACCAGCAUCAGCAGCGACAGCUCCAGCAGCAGCAGCUGCAGCAGGAGCAUUACCAGCAGCACAAACGUCUGCUGCAGCCCUUCGUUGCGAUACGCCUUCAGCAGCAGCAGCUGCAGCAGCUCCGACGCCUGCUGCUGCUUCUGCUGCUGUUGCCGGAGGCCCAGCUGCUGCUGCGGCAGAGUCAUUACCCUCCCCUGCUGUAAGCGAUGCAGCAGCAGCAACAGCAGCAGAAGUGGGUGACGGUGCCGCUGCUGCUGCAGGGACGACGAACGCCGCAAAGAAAGAGAUUGCUGCAGCAGCAACAGUAGCAACAGCAGCAACAGCGCCAACAGCAGCUGCAGCAACUCAAGCAGCAACAGCAGCAGCAGAACAUUUGAGGGAAAAGAAAGAAGAAGCAACGCUGCCCCCUGAUGAACAACAGCAGCAGCAGCAGAAGCAGCAGCAGCAGCAGAAACAGGAGCAGCGUCGGCAGCAGCAGCAGCAAAACGGAGCUGAUGCCGCAGCAAAUAAGCAGCAGCCGCAGCAAAAGGAGGAUGUACAAACAAGCGUAGCAGGCUCGGACCAGCAGCAAAUGCAGCAGCAGCAGCAGCAGCAGCAGCAGCAGUUGCCGGUGAAAUCGCCAGCGGAGCAAGUGGGAGUAGGGGAGCAGCAGCAGCAACAGCAGCAGCAGCAGCAGCAGCAGCAGUCUGAGGGUCCUCGCCUUCGUUUGCGAGGUCGUAUGCUGCCGCCGGUGUCUCAGCGUGUAACACGUGCUGGGGCCUCCCGCAGCAGCAGCAGCAGCAGCAGCGCGAGCAGCAGCAGCAGCAGCAGCAGCAGCAGCAGCAACAGUAGCAGUAGUGUAGGUGCUGCUGCAGGGUGCGACAGCCAGACGAGUAUGGGCCCUAUAGUUGAUUGGUUUUGUGUGCAGCAGCAGCAGCAGCAGCAAGAAAGUUUGCUGCCGCAGACAGCAGCAGGCUGGGAUUCUUUGCUCGGCACUUCGCCUACUUGCGAGCUGCCUGUAGAGGUGAAAGCGGAGACACCAGAGCAUUUGCUGCUGUCGCUGCAGCUGCAGCAGCAGCAGCAGCUGCUGCUGCAGCAGGGGGGCGUCGAGGAACAGCUGCAGCAACAGCAGCAGCAGCUGGAAGUGCUGCUGCUGCAGGAGCCCAUAGACCCGUGUGGUGCUCCUGUUGUGGCGCUGCUGCUGGAUCCCGAAGCAGCAGCAGCAACAGCAGCAGCAGCAGCAG